UUAAUUGAAAUAAGUUUUUAAUCCCUGACUCAAGUGUAGCUGUGCAUAUGUAGUUGCAUUAUUGUGUGACAGUUUUCAGUUCGGUGUGGAAGGAGGUGGUCCAUGGAUGAAUACUCUGUUUCUGGGUAAGUUUUGGCUUGCUUAGUCCAUGCCUGGUACAGGGCUUUGUUUCCAUGUCAGUCCUGUAGACUUCCAAACCUGACUUAACCUGGAGUGAUUUAAAGCAGGUGGUGAAUUGGUGGAUCCACAGGAUUCUUGCUUUAAAUUAAAAAAAACCAAAAAACCACAAGGAUUGACAGGUCAAGAAAAAUAAAUUCAGGCUUGGAUUCAGUUUUGGUGUUCAGCAUGGCCCCAGUGAGUGGGAAGUGUUUAGUUGUGCUGUUCAAUUACUGGUUGUGACACUUAGGGUCUACUAAAGAAAAAGAAUGCAACUUGUUGGUGGAAUACAUGCCUUGAUUGUUGAGUAUCCCAGUCCUGGGAGUUGUUCUACCUCUUGGCUGCCUUUCCCAUCAGGUCUGAAGCUGGUGUGGGAAGGGGGAUGUUGGAUACAGCACUGUGGCUCACACAGGGGCAGCAGAAGGUGAAGCUUUCUUUCCUUGAUGGGUGACAGUCACAAGAAGCAGGACUGAAUGUAUGUCCCUCUUUUGCUAGAAGUAUUUCUGAUCUUACAGUUAUAAGCUAAACUGGUUCAGGUUUGAAUUUUUUUGUGUGGUUUUAUUUUGAUUGAUAGAAGAGCCAAACCAUGAGAUAGUCCUAAGUGUCAAUCCCGUAAAAUGUGGGAAUUCUGAAGAUAGGUGUCUGUUUUCUUGCAGCUGUAGAAUUGGACAGCUAUACACUGAUAUAUGUAGCAUCUAAGUACAUGUAUACAUUGCAUUAUCGAUUCUGUACUGUCUGUCUUUCUAAGCAAAACUUGUGCUGCUGCUGUUGGCUCACUGUUUUCAAAUCUUCUCUUAUAUAUAUUCACCUUUUAUAUGGUGUUACACUCAACUCUAAAAGAAUUUCCCAAAAUUACAGGUAUAAUGAUUAAAUUUAAAGGCCUUAAGCUGGCUAAUAAUAUGUGUCCUCAUCUGUAGUGGAGAGAAAUCUAUCACAAAUUUCUAAAUAAAUUCUGUUUUUCUGUGUUUAAAAUGAAGCUAUGGAAAUUAGUUUGCUUAUGCCUUGACAGUGAAUAUUUACCUAAAUUCUAGCCAAUUGUUCUAUUUAGAUAUUAGAGUACAAAAUACCAAUAAAUGAAAAUACUGCUCUGUAUUUUCAGUACUAUACUGUAGGAGUCUGCAGCAGAAGGCAAACAGGAAGUGAACAAACCACAUUCCUGAUUACUUUUUCAGAUAUUUUCAGGUAUUCAUCACUCUUUAAACGGCACAUCUUGUUAUCCUGGAUUUUACUUUCAUCUGAAGAUUGGCUAAAUGCAGAACCUGAUGGAUGGCAAAAGCUACUGUAACCUCAUCUGUGCUGAGGCUCAGCACAUCCAGCUGGCAAGGCCUUUCUGUGCAGACCCACUGGUCACGUUUCACGUGUACCCAGAAACACCAAACCAGGUCCCUUUGGCUGAAGAUUUGGCAUUCCUUCCUUUCAUGUCGGAGCAUCUCAUCACAGAGACCUUCUACAGCGAGCCCUGCCCCUUUCCCUACCAAAUGCCCCAUUCCAGUCUCCACAAAAGUGAGUAUGGGUCAGCUUUCAUCAGGAAGAGGAAUGAGAGGGAAAGGCAGCGUGUGAAGUGUGUCAAUGAAGGCUACGCCAAGCUGAGGCACCACCUGCCCAAGGAGUACUUGGAGAAACGGCUCAGCAAAGUGGAGACCCUCCGUGCUGCUAUAAAAUACAUCAGGUACCUGCAGUCUGUGCUGUGCUCUGACUCUCUGGUGGCUGGGAAAGGUGUCACGGAGCCAAACCAAGCACCUAAAGCCAAACCAACCCAGUUUUUGAAGACCAUCUGAAGUGUUCCAAAGGCAUCCUGUCUGGGAAUGUAGUAGCCGCUGUGUCAGUGACGUGUGUGUUCCUGGCACUUCUUGGGAGCAGAUCGUGGCGCACGUCAGUAUCAGCCCACACAAGAGCUUUAACGUUGCAGAUAGUUACUACACUUAGAUAUCAGAGGGACAACUGGGAAAAUCUCAGCUGAAUGACUUAAGUUAAUUCAUGAAAAUCAGAACGACUUUCUAAAUUUGUCACCAAGCUAAAAAUGUGACAGCUAUAUGUGUGAAGUAACUGUAUGUAUCAUCACAACUUCAUUGCUUUAAAAUAAAAUCUCUCUGCUUAUGGGACUGAGA